CGCUGGGAUUUGAACACAGCGCUGUGCCUCCCGGCUUCCUCCUCCUUUCCCCUCGGAGGUAGCUUGGCGAUCACAGACAGCCCCCAGCUGCCCCUCACCUCCUGGCUCCCUCCGCUCCCCUGCAUCCCGCUCCGCUCGGCUCUGGUCCUGGUACCCUGACCGCAUGGCCCGGCUGGGCGCGCUGCUCCUGGCCGCUGCCUUGGGCGCGCUGCUCAGCUUCGCGCUGCUGGCCGCCGCCGUGGCCAGCGACUACUGGUACCUCCUGGAGGUGGCGGACGCCGGCAACCACAGCGGGCACGGGCAGCUCUCCUCCCACUCGGGGCUCUGGCGCAUCUGCGAAGGGCACAACAGCUGCAUUGCCCUGAUCGACCCCUUUGCCAGUGAGAGCCUGGACGCCUCCACUUCCGUGCAGCGCCUCAUCUCGUUGCACCGAGCCGUCUUGGUGGUCCUGCCCCUGAGCCUCGUCCUCAUUGUGUGCGGCUGGAUCUGUGGCCUCCUCAGCUCCCUGGCCCAGAGCAUCUCUCUGCUGCUCUUCACCGGCUGCUACUUCUUGCUAGGGGGCGCCCUGACCCUGGCGGGGGUCGUCAUCUACAUCAGCUACUCACAGCUGGCCUUCGCAGAGACGGCCCGCCAGUACGGCCCCCAGCACGUGCAGGACGUCCGCAUCAGCUUCGGCUGGUCCCUGGCCCUGGCCUGGGGCUCCUGCACCGCGGAGUCACUCAGCGGCGCCCUCCUGCUCGCAGCGGCCCGAGCCCUCAGCCUGAGCGGGCAGCCGGGCGCCCCGCACUCUGUGGUCAUCUGAGUCCCAGGCAGGCAGGUGGGGGGAGAGGGGCUCCAUUUCCCUUUGCACCUCCUGGGGUUUGGGGCUGCCGAGCCUGGCCCUGAGAGGCCACGGGAAGGAGGCUGGGAGCCCUGUUCUGACGGCCGGGCUGGAGACCUCACUGGGAGCAGGGGGGCGGGUAGAGCUGAGCAUCUAGGCUCCUGUUGCUUGAUGUUUGGGGGACUCCCCUGCCCAUUGUGCCUUCAAGGACUAACUGGUUUAGCCUCUUCUUAGAGGUGAGAAAGGUGAGACCCAGAAAGUGGGAGCAAAGGGACCAGGGACGAUGGCUGUGGUGGUCGAGGGGGCAGGGCGCUGCAGGCUCCUGGCUGCCCAGUGGGUCCCCUUGCCUCUCGAGGCUGUGGCCUGCGCCCGCCCCUCCCCACCCAUCCUGGUGGGCCACAGCUGCCUCCAGUCCUAGGGACCUGUGUCAGGCGGAAAAGCUGCCCCAGUCCUCGGAGGGGCAGUCUAGAGAGAAGCAGAUAUCCAUCAAACACUCCGUGCCAGGCCCUCACCAGGCCUUCGUGCCGUGUCUGUCCUCCCCCCGCCCCUCCCCAGGGCAGCUGUUGGUGGGGAGGGGACUGAGGACCGGGGGCCUCUUGGAUUUCCGGGUGCAGGGGGAGCAGAGGGGGGUUGGGCACACCUCUGCCCCCCUUGUUUUCAGGUCUCUGUCCUUGUCCUGGGGCCGGCGCUCCGAGACCCCACCCUCGCCUGUAGUUCCCAGAGGGAUGCCUGUGGUCCCAUGUGGGCCCCUGGGCAAGCGGGUGUGGAAGUCCUGUGGGGUGGGGGAGCCGUGCCAGGGUGGAGAGUGAGGGGCUUCUCUACCAGGAGGGGCGGCUGCCCGGAGCAGCCGAGGCCAGAGCCUGGAAUUUUGGCCGCAGGCUUAUGGAAUGGAGGCAGACCCAGGCCCAGUGUGCCUCUAAGGGCCAGACAGACGGGAAGGUGGCAGCCCGCCCAUGCCUGGUCACCGUGGUCUGUGAAGGCUGAGGCUCCCUCCACUCUGGGCAGGACCUGAAGACCUGCUCAGCGUUGGUCUCAGGCUCAGGGCCCUCGAGUCUGAGGUGUGUGCGGGGGUCC